GUUUGUGAAAUCAUUUUCAUUUCACAAAUAUCCAAAUCAUUUUGGAACUCUUUAAUUACGCUUCAAGUCCUUGAGAACCUCACGUUUUCCAUGGCUUCAAAUUUUGCUAGAAGGCUCGAAGGUAAGGUUGCAGUCAUAACAGGUGCUGCUAGUGGCAUCGGUGAAGCGGCUGCGAGACUCUUCUCAGAACAUGGAGCCAAAGUGGUGAUUGCAGACAUUCAAGACGAGUUGGCUCAAAAAGUUUGCAAAGAUUCGGAUCAAACAUCGACCACAUGUGUGCAUUGUGACAUUACAAAAGAGGAAGACCUGGAAAAUGCCGUGAACACUGCUGUAGACAAGUAUGGCAAGCUAGACAUCAUGUACAACAAUGCUGGUAUAGUUGGAAUAAUCAAAUCCAACAUUCUUGAUGAUGAAAAAUCUGAAUUCGAAAAAGUUACUAGUAUUAGCCUCGUAGGUACUUUUCUUGGGAUUAAACAAGCAGCGAGAGUCAUGAUCCCUCGUCGUCAAGGCAGCAUAAUUGUCACUGGCAGUGUGAGUUCAUCGAUUGGUGGCGCUUGUUCUCAUGCCUACACGAGUUCAAAGCAUGGAGUUUUAGGACUUACUAGGAAUGCUGCAGGUGAUUUAGGACGCUAUGGCAUUCGUGUGAAUUGUGUUUCCCCAUACGCUGUUCGUACACAAAUGGCUUUUGAUUCUUUAAAGAAGAUGGGCAAAGAAGGUUGGGAUGUUUAUUCUACCUUAAAUGGUGCAACACUUGCUCCAAAAGAUGUGGCUGAAACUGCUGUUUUCCUCGCAAGUGAUGAGUCCAAGUGUUUUAGUGGCCAAAAUUUUAUUAUUGAUGGAGGAUUUACCAUUGAGAAUUCAGGUUUCUCACUUUUCAAGUAAUUUUACUUGAUAAGUUCCGGUCAUGCAAUUAUAUAUGUAAUAUGGUUUUGUACAAUGGAGCCAUAUGUGUCUCCAGAGGUAUCUAAUUACAAAAUAAAAAUUUCACAGCUUCAAUAUUCUCCUAAUGUACAAUUUUGAAUAAUCUUAAUGUCUACCAACACGGGCUACUACUCUUAAA